GCCCCAGAGGAGGCCGACAGGACCCGCUCCGGAGGUCAGCUCCAGAGGAGGCCGACAGGACCCGCUCCGGAGGUCAGCUCCAGAGGAGGCCGACGUGACCCGCUCCGGGGUCAGCUCCAAAGAAGGCUGACCCUGACCGCGCCGCCGACCGGUGUCGGGCGCGUCAGGCCGCUGACGCGGCUGGACCUCAUGGUGCGCCGGGCUCCGGCCAGAGACCGUCCACCAGUGCUGACACCGACCAAACACUGCCUACCAGUGCUGAUGACUGGCGCCAUGCUGACCGACUGUGACCCGACCGUGACCCGACGCUGAUCACUGACCCGAGCGGUAUCAGCCGUACAGGGCCCGCCCGAUCCGCUAACCCGAGGUCGGCCCCGGCAGUGCGGUCCAACGCGGACGGUGGAGGCCCUAAGCAUCGGGACAGGGAGAGCGCAGUAGAAUGCAGUGGACGUUUCCGACUACCGUGCUGCUCCUGCUGCUCCUGACACAGAGAAUCCAGGCCAACUUCAUGUUACAGCGGCUCUCCAACCUCCUCGCUCAGAACACCGUGGAGCGGGCGGCGCUGUGUCCGCCCCUGUUCUCGGAGGUGCGCGGCCGCUGCUACCACUACGGCUCGUUCCUGGCCAGCUGGUUCCGGGCAGCCGAAUAUUGUCACAGCAUGGGAGAGCAUGUCAGCCUGGCCUGCGUGGACGACUCGGUCGAGAACUGGGCCAUUAAACGCUGGCUCCUCUUCAACGGCGAUCACAAGACGGGCGCGUGGAUAGGAGGAUCGGACAACGGCCACCACGGCAUUUGGGCCUGGUUUCCGACGGGUCAGCAGGUGCGGUUCGCCGACUGGGGGCCGUCGCAGCCCACCGGCGGCGAUCAGCACUGCAUGUACAUCGUGGGCGGCAUGCUGGGCUACCAGUGGGCCGACCUACACUGUGACUUCGAGAUGAACUUCAUCUGCGAGUACCGUGCCAACCAGGUCACGCCGUGGUGGCGUUAGACCGGCGAUGGGCCGGUCUGGAGGAGCCACCCCGUCCAGCAGGAGCCUUUCAACUGACCUGGCGUAACGGCUCCCCCACAGACGACUAGCACGCACCCCGGAGCGGCGGCGACAGCGGCUCCCGCUGGAUUGGCGGGAGCCGCACUGCUCCCUCUGGAUUCCUGUGCGUUCGUGACGGGUGACCGGUGGCCGACCGCGGGCCGAUGGCGUCGUGGCGGGCUGCCUGUGGCCGAGUCCUGGCCGAUGGCGUCACGCCGUGGCCGGCGGACGGACGCCGCGCUGUAAUGGACGCUCGGCCACGUCCAGAGACCGUACCGUGACGCCGUGGGACGGGGCCGUGGCGCCCUGAGGCCGCAGUGCGACGCCCUGGGACUAGGGCGUGAUGUCCCGGGUGUAGUAACAUUCCACUGACAUCAGUAGGCCGUGUUCUGGUGCAGUGACAAACAAUUUAGCCAUGCCUCACCGAGAAGCCCAGAUUCCAGCGGCGGCUGGUUUAACCGUGCGUGUCUCUGGCGUCUUGGACAGCGAUCGCUUGGAGAAUUUAGCUGACUAUAAAGAUGGACGCUGGACAGGUGCUGCCGUACCGACAGCUGACAGCUCUGGGUGACGGAUGUGAGUGAUAGACAUGCUGGACGUGCCGGAACGUAUCACUAUGAGUGUGGUGAUGCACUGUCUUGACGCUGU